AUGACCUUCUCUCCGGUCUUUACAACUCUUUGGAGAGCUCUCCUUUCUGCCUGGGUAGUGCUUCCAAACCAGACAGUCUUCUAUAGGACUUCCUUAGCAAACAAAGUAAAACCGCCGUUGGGCCUUCUUCAAUGUGGCGACAGUGUUUAUGAUGGACUCCAGGUGGACGCUCCAACCUCCCUUCCUGGACGUAAGAGCAGAAGCAGGCGUGUAGGAGAGUACGCUGGGCUUACAGCACGGGCGUCUAGAAGGUAUACAGGUGCGUGCCUGGACUUGGAGCUGGAAACGUCUAGAAGGUAUACGGGUAAGUACACUGCACUUGGAGUUUUAAGGCGUACAGGUGAGUACACAGGUAGGUACACUGGGCUCUUAGCUGUGAACGUACAGGUGGCAUUGAGUGAAACCAGUAUAUACCUUAGACAUGAGGUGGCACGCUCCACAGAAGGCCAGCAGCUUCUAUUCAUGCUCUACAGUACACCAUACACACUCUCCAAACUAGCUUCUCCGCUCCGUAGCGCCCAAAAACAACUGCUGGACAACACAACAACUCCUUCCUUUCGUCUCUUUCGGCCCCGCACUCUUUCCGCUUGCUUCCAAGCGAUCGCCGGAUCAACGGGGCCUCCCGACUCUUCAGAAGGCCUCUCUGGGAACUCAGGCAACAUGUCUGGGAAAGAGGACUUGGAAAUCAAUGAGAUUCAGAUAUCCACCAUCCAAGUGGCAACUCAUGUAGAGACCACACUGAACGGGGACAGCCAGGCAUGUACCCGUGGUGGGGCCGUAAAGGUGGAGAAAAGCCGCAACUGGGGAUGGCUUUUGUCCGGAUUCAUCUGUUUAAAUGUACUGCUCCUGGGAAUUGUUUUUGUCAGCGGUAGCGUCUUUAACGGGGCGCAGAUUUCAACUUCGCACCUACAGAUUUUCCUCAUCUUAAUCGUUCUUCUCACUACCAUAUGGAUGGUUUACUACAAAGCCCACACAGCGAGGGUGUAUCGUGCUGUACUGUACAAAGACAGCCAUGCCGGACCUGUCUGGCUAAGAGCUGGCCUGGUUCUGUUUGGCAUCUGCAGUGUUAUCAUGGACAUUUUUAAGAUCGUUUACUAUGUGGGUUAUGCACAUUGCGAGUCGCCGGUGAAGAUCACCUUUCCUGUUGUGCAAGCCGUGUUUGUUAUUGUGCAGACUUAUUUUCUCUGGGUCCACGCCAAAGACUGCGUACAGCUACAGCAAAGCAUCACACAUUGUGGUCUGAUGUUGACGUUGUCGACGAACCUUGUGGUUUGGAUGACAGCCGUGACAGAGGAGUCGCUUCAUCAAACCAUUAUUCCAAGAAACGGUUCAUUUAACACCCCUCACAGCUUCAACUUGACCGAGAAAGCAGCAGAUAUCAGUGACUGCGAAUGCAGCCACGAUGUAUGUGACGUUUUCGAAAAGGCCUACUAUUACCUGUACCCCUUCAACAUCGAGUACAGCCUCUUUGCCUCGGCGAUGACCUACGUCAUGUUGAAGAACAUCGGCCGCCAGAUGGACGAACACCACAACCAUCAUCUCAAAUUCAGCAUGUGGGACGUUCUGGUCGGUCCGGUGGCCGGACUCAUCAUUCUGGUGGUGGGUCUGGCUACGUUUGUGGUCUACAAAGUGGACACGUCUAAAGAAGACCCAAUCAGGAAGAUGAAAGCCCUGACCAUUUAUUACAGCAACAACAUAGUCACCGUCUCACUGAUGUCCAUAGCGACUCUGUCCGGUUGUAUUAUCUUCCGGCUGGAUAAGAGGGAGCAUGUGUCCGAGAAGAACCCUACGCGGAGUCUAGACGUGGGACUGUUGGUGGGAGCUUCGCUGGGCCAGUUCCUCAUCAACUACUUCACUGUAGUGGCUUUGUUGGCGUCAGGGGUCAAAGGACUCGUGAACAAGCUCAGUCUGAUCUCGUCUCUUAUGACCGUGAUCCAUAUGUGUCUACAGAACGCCUUCCUCAUCAAAGGCCUCCACCGAAAGCCGUUCAAAGAGACGCACACGGCCACCAUCUUCACUAACUUCAGGGUCGUUCAGAGAGACCCGGAAAGACGGGCCAGCUCUAUCCUUCCGGCACACGCGCUACCCAUCCCCUUGACGCUGUUUCAGAGCCGUCUCUCCUGGAAGAGGAGGAUCCUAAAGGAGAUCUGCGCCUUCUUGUUACUCUGCAAUGUCAUUCUGUGGAUUAUACCGGCGUUCGGAGCCCGGCCUCAGUUCGACAACACUGUCGGAUCAGAAAUCUAUCAGUUUCAAACGUGGGUAGCAGUGGUGAAUAUCGGGAUGCCGUUUGGGAUCUUCUACCGCAUGCACUCGGUGGCCAGUUUGUUUGAGGUCUGCUUUGCCUCUUAA